UUUUAGAGUGCGACCAAGCAACAACGCAUUCUAUAAUGCUCCUCCAACAUUAUAUAAUGUUUUCGUUAUUUCCCAGUUUAAUGCUGGCAAAAGUUUGUAAGAAAACUGAACGAAAAGAUGGAAAAAGCAUUACCCGUUGGGACUGCUGCGAUGGCUAUAGACUAGUAAACAACUCCGGAAGUGGUUCAAAAUGUGAUCCCGUCUGCAAUAACAAUUGUGAGAACGGAAAGUGCGUCAGUCCAAAUACCUGUAGCUGCAACGAAGGCUAUGAUAAUAUUCAGCAUAAUCCGGCCAAUAGUUGUGUUCCUGUUUGUAAAAGAAAACGCAACAACGGCGAGUGUGUUACCUCAGAAUCCAGCAAAUGCAACGAUGGCUACAAAUUGAAUGAAUCCACUGGUGAAUGUUAUCCUGUGUGCAGCAAUGAUUGCCCCAACGGACGCUGUGAGUCCCCAGGGAAUUGUAUCUGCAACCAGGGAUACAGUAAAAAUGAGACACAGAUGGACUUGGGAUGUCAGCCCGUCUGCGAAGUUGAAUGUGAUGAUAAUAGAGUCUGUGUGGCUCCCAAUAAAUGUGACUGCAUCAAGGGUUAUUUUGAGAAGAACAACGAAUGCUGUCCUAAAGGGGAAAAUAUUCCAAUUUCAAAUACAAGCUUGCAAGAAUGUUCAAGAGAUGAAGUUAAGCCCAGCUGUGUGAUAAGCUUUUUAAGGAAUUGGAUGAUCGAGUUCGCAGUGGGUUUAGUUUCCCUGACAAUUCUGAUAAUGGCAGUCUUAUUUCUGUUCCUUAGACACAAUCGUACAUACGACGUGGCAUCCCGAGAAAAAGAGCGUCCUAUCUAUGUAAUGGAUAAUGAAUUUUUUGAUGAUGAUGAACUUGAUUUAGUUACAACAAAAUAUCCUUAGUAAAAUUUAAAUAAAUAUCAUUUAAUCCUGCUUAAAUACUUGUAAUGUACACUUUAA